AUGUCUGUAGUAGAAGGCUCGUCUAAUGGUGAAGACACUCACGUCCCAGACGAUAGCGUGGAAGAAACGGAGAAUUCUCACUGCUCCACACAGACAGAUGAAUAUGGGGACGGCUUCAUCGAGCCAUAUCUCACUGCUUAUCACCUGGGGAAUCUGGAUGCAGAACAUCCCGGGGAGAUCGCGUCGUCUCAACAGGAGCCAGGGUAUCAUGGUGCUUCUUUCUUGAAAGUCAAGGCUACAAAAUCCUUUGAUGUCGAGGGGCAUCCACGCAAAGUCACUGUGUCUACAAGUGGGAAGAUUGUCGUUAUGUUUAGAGGCCGUAGAGUCAGCGUCUAUGACACAGAGGGUAUCAUUACCGUGAAUUUCUUAACAGAUAUAAUAAAAAUUGAAGAACGACAUGAAAAGACGAUUCCCAUUUUCCCCCACGAUGUUUCUUUUGGUACCCUCGCCAACAACGACGUUUGGAUUGUGGGUGGAAAUAAACUGACCCACUAUGUCGCGCAACUUGCCCUAAACAGAUUGUCCAAUCGCGCCAUUGUGACAGAGACGGACAAGCAUCGCGGGAUGGUAAAGGUUUUCAUGUUGAACGGAAUGCUCGAGCGACGUUUUGGGUGGCGGCAAGGUUUGAUGUACCCGACAGGCAUCACAGUGGACAGCGAGGACUCUAUCCUAGUGGCGGACUCCUCCACUGCCUACAUCUACGUGUAUCGCGACAAUGGACAGUUCUUGUUCAAGUUUGCAGGGAAGGGAACCAACGACGGUCAGUUGAGCCUCCCCCUUGACAUCUGUACGGACAGUUCUCGUCACAUCAUCGUGGCUGACUCCGGAAACAGGCGGAUUGAGCUGUUCACAAGCCGCGGGACAUUUAUCCGGCACAUCGCUACUGAUAUUGACCCUCUGAGCAUUGCCCUUGGUGCAGACGGACAGUUAGUCCUGGCUGAGGCCUCAAAAAAGAAAGUGACCAUUUUGACAAACUAUUAA